CUCUCUUAUUCCCAUUUCUCAUCCUCCGAUUUUACCGCUCAGGCUAGGAAGGAUACUUCAUCCAUCCGUCUACAUCGGGGAAUUGCACAGCACAGCACCCCACAGCAUACCUGCAAAUCAGUACAACCCUAUCCAAACAUUCACAAUGCUCGCCCUCCUUCUUCUUGCAGGCUCGGCAACGGCGCAGUACUCGGCCACGUAUAUCCCCGCUGAUGCACCGGACCAGUCUCAGGUCGGACAGAUAGGCACCAAUCAGUGCGGGACGACCAACUCCCAGGGGUCUCUCUGCCAGAACGCGUACUUGAAUGGUCUCGAUGACUUUUGUCUCUUUGCCCCGCCUUGGACGAAUGGGACAAACUCGACGAUAGGCGCUACCGAGGAGGACGAAGUAUCCUGGUGCAUGCGCACUGGCUAUGGCACGCGUACGAUCCCCGAUGGGACCAUCACCGGUGCGCACUGGGUCCAGACGCCUCUCUACGUCCAGAUCACCGGCUUCGGCGAUCUCACAAAGCUCAACAUCCCCGCCGGGGACGGUGGUGGAGAACUCGACCCGCACAGCUGGACGGGCCUCGGGAACCCCCAGGGCGGGCUCGUCUUCGGCACCACCUUCGGAGGGAUACAGCAGUAUCAUGAAUGGACAAACUUCAUGUCCGCUGACGAGUUCUGCUUUCGCGCGUGCGUCGAUGGGCCCGAGGCGACGACCUACUGCCAGCAUGUGUAUGACGAACAGGGGUGCGAGUGGAACAUGCCUGCCAACUACGAUAUUGGCACAUUCACCUCCUGCCAGGCGGACGACGGCGCGCCCAUGGGGGUUUAUGGAUCGUCGACGUGGGACAGCAAUUGCCAGCACACGGCUUGUGCUGGAGGCACUCCCUCGGCGCAGGCAGCACCGAGCAGCAGCAUGUGCAGCUCGGUGAACUCGAUCUCGAACCUUGCUGCUGUGGCGCCCACCGCUACUGCCACGGGGCCGUUCACAUUCGACUCUGCCGCACUGGCGAGUAGCAACUCGGUCGCUUCGACUGCAGUGACGACGAGCACUACGUCGUCUAGUUCAACGAGUUCGGGUCUGGCGACCAGCAAGUCGAGCUCGACGGGAGGUUCGGGGACGGCUACCGUUAGCGCCCAGGGUUCCCCGACUGUCAGCCCCGGCAGCACGGCCCGCGGUUCGGCGGUGGGACUCGAGCUGCCUUUUGGGAGCGUGCUUGCUUUGGGAGGAAUGGUGUUGGGAAUGCUGAUGCUUUGAUUCCCCUCACCGCUUACCGGUGUCCGCCACCUCAGACUAAAUACUCUCGUUUCUUUUCGUAGCGCAUUGGGCACAGGCUUCAUCAUGUUUGACGUGGUUUUACAAGGACAUUUGUUGUGUUUUGUUGUCGGAUGUGACGUACUCUUUGAUCAUUUGAUACUAUUUGAGAGUGAUGAUUCU